UGUAGACUGUUGCCAUGUUCCCACUUUCAUGGGUGUGGUGAUUAGCCUGCUUGGUGAAAAUUUCAGUCAAAUCCGAUCCGAGUGGGUGCUCCCUUCUGACCCCUAAAGCGGAUUAAAUUGUGUGGAAAUUAACGCGGCUCCUUUCCAUGGUCUCCCCCACCCCCAGCUGAGGCCAUGGUUGUCGUGUGAAAACAUAUCGGUGCGACUCGGACCGAAGGAACGGGACUGAGCCAGAACGCCUCUUUUUCAGGUGUCAGCUGGUCAAGUGUUUCGUGUGUGUGAGUGUGUGUGCGCGAGCAGGCUCGUGUAUUUUCUCAACCCAGCCAGUAUUCACAGAGGAGUGUGUCCUGAACGCAUCUCACAGGGACAAUGAGUGAGCUCGAACAGUUGCGGCAGGAAGCCGAGCAACUACGUAACCAAAUCCGGGAUGCCAGGAAAGCCUGCAGUGAUUCCACUCUGUCACAGAUCACAGCUGGUCUGGACUCGGUGGGCCGGAUACAGAUGCGGACGCGACGUACUCUCAGGGGACACCUGGCCAAAAUCUAUGCAAUGCACUGGGGGAGUGAAUCCAGUGACGACAGUCCCAGGUUACUGGUCAGUGCCUCGCAAGAUGGAAAGCUGAUCAUCUGGGACAGCUACACAACAAACAAGAUGCAUGCUAUCCCACUGCGUUCUUCAUGGGUGAUGACGUGCGCCUACGCCCCCUCUGGGAACUAUGUGGCCUGCGGAGGCCUGGACAACAUCUGCUCUAUAUACAGUCUGAAGACCCGUGAGGGCAACGUGCGGGUCACCCGAGAGCUACCUGGACACACAGGUUAUUUGUCUUGUUGUCGCUUCUUGGACGACACCCAGAUAUUAACGAGCUCCGGAGACACCACCUGUGCAUUAUGGGACAUAGAGACGGGCCAGCAGGCCACCUCCUUCACCGGCCACACAGGCGACGUGAUGAGCCUGUCUCUUAGCCCUGACUUCCGGACUUUUGUGUCCGGCGCCUGUGACGCCACCUCCAAGCUGUGGGACAUCCGUGACGGGAUGUGCAGGCAGUCUUUCACCGGCCACGUGUCUGACAUCAACGCCGUCUGCUUUUUCCCCAACGGUAAUGCGUUCGGCACAGGCUCGGACGACGCCACCUGCAGGCUGUUUGACCUACGUGCCGACCAGGAGCUGAUGACCUACAGCCACGACAACAUCAUCUGCGGCAUCACCUCUGUGGCCUUCUCCAAGAGCGGCCGUCUGCUGUUAGCCGGCUACGACGACUUCAACUGCAACGUGUGGGACACUCUGAAAGGGGACCGAGCAGGCGUCCUCGCCGGCCACGACAAUCGUGUGAGCUGCUUAGGAGUGACCUCUGACGGCAUGGCCGUGGCCACCGGAUCCUGGGACAGUUUCCUCCGGAUCUGGAACUAAACUCAGCGUCUCGCCUGAUGUACUCGAUCACUGCCCGUCACCUUGGGUCUGCAGCCCCCCGACUCACCCGCUGGGCUGGACUUGAGGGAGUGCAUUUCUGAAGCCCUUCUCACUCCUCCAAGCUGAAGACUUUCUCAACCUUUUUCAGUUUUUUUUUUUUUUUCCCUCAGCAGAGCUGUCACAAAGCCACAAAAACCUCUUUAUAAAAAGUCGUCAAAUUGAAACCAUGAAAUUAUUUCUAAUGGAAAUAACUGAAAGAUAAUUUUGAUUUCCUCUUUUUCUUUUUAAGGGCAUUAAAGUGCAUUUGUGGCCACGAGUACAAAACAAAA